AUGCCGGUCAUGAAGGGGUUGCUGGCCCCGCAGAACACCUUCCUGGACACCAUCGCCACCCGCUUCGACGGCACGCACAGCAACUUCCUGCUGGCUAAUGCACAGGGCCCGCGGGGCUUUCCCAUUGUCUACUGUUCCGACGGCUUCUGUGAGCUCACAGGCUACGGCCGCACUGAGGUCAUGCAGAAAACCUGUAGCUGCCGCUUCCUCUACGGUCCAGAGACCAGUGAGCCAGCCCUGCAGAGGCUGCACAAGGCUCUGGAGGGCCAUCAGGAGCACCGCGCUGAAAUCUGCUUCUACAGAAAGGAUGGCUCAGCCUUUUGGUGCCUCCUGGAUAUGAUGCCCAUCAAGAACGAGAUGGGGGAGGUCGUACUUUUCCUCUUCUCCUUCAAGGAUAUCACUCAGAGCGGAGGCCCAGGACUUGGCCCCCCAGGAGGCCAUGGCGAUAGUAAUCACGAAAACUCCCUUGGCAGGAGGGGAGCCAGCUCAAGACUUCGAUCUGCCAGGAGGCAGAGCCGUACUGUCCUACACCGACUGACUGGCCACUUUGGCCGCCGGGGCCAGGGAGGCAUGAAAACCAAUAACGUGUUUGAGCCAAAGCCAUCAGUGCCCGAAUACAAGGUGGCCUCCGUGGGGGGGUCCCGCUGCCUCCUCCUCCACUACAGCGUCCCCAAGGCCGUCUGGGACGGCCUCAUCCUCCUUGCCACCUUCUACGUUGCGGUCACUGUCCCCUACAACGUCUGCUUCUCGGGUGAUGACGACACGCCCAUCACGUCCCGACACACCCUUGUCAGCGACAUCGCCGUGGAGAUGCUCUUCAUCCUGGAUAUCAUCCUGAACUUCCGCACCACCUAUGUGUCCCAGUCUGGCCAGGUGGUCUCUGCUCCUCGUUCCAUUGGCCUCCACUAUCUGGCCACCUGGUUCUUUGUUGACCUUAUUGCUGCUCUACCUUUUGACCUGCUUUACGUCUUCAACAUCACCGUGACAUCGCUGGUGCACCUGCUGAAGACGGUGAGGCUGCUGCGGCUGCUGCGGUUGCUGCAGAAGCUGGAGCGGUACUCGCAGUGCAGCGCCGUGGUGCUCACGCUGCUCAUGUCGGUCUUUGCACUCCUUGCCCACUGGAUGGCCUGCGUCUGGUAUGUCAUCGGGCGUCGGGAGAUGGAGGCCAACGACCCCCUGCUCUGGGACAUCGGCUGGUUGCACGAGCUGGGCAAGCGGCUGGAGGUGCCCUAUGUCAACGGCUCAGCCGGCGGCCCGUCGCGGCGCAGCGCCUACAUCGCCGCGCUCUACUUCACGCUGAGCAGCCUCACGAGCGUGGGCUUCGGCAACGUGUGCGCCAACACUGACGCCGAGAAGAUCUUCUCCAUCUGCACCAUGCUCAUAGGCGCGCUAAUGCACGCCGUGGUGUUCGGGAACGUGACGGCCAUCAUCCAGCGCAUGUACUCGCGCCGCUCGCUCUACCACAGCCGCAUGAAGGACCUCAAGGACUUCAUCCGUGUGCACCGCCUACCGCGGCCGCUCAAGCAGCGCAUGCUCGAGUACUUCCAGACCACGUGGGCGGUCAACAGCGGCAUUGACGCCAAUGAGUUACUGCGUGACUUCCCAGACGAGCUGAGAGCUGAUAUUGCUAUGCACCUGAAUCGGGAGAUCCUGCAGCUGCCGCUGUUUGGAGCAGCGAGCAGAGGCUGCCUGCGGGCCCUCUCCCUGCACAUCAAGACCUCAUUCUGCGCCCCUGGCGAAUACCUGCUGCGCCGCGGGGACGCCCUGCAGGCUCACUACUACGUCUGCUCCGGCUCGCUGGAGGUGCUCCGUGACAACAUGGUGCUGGCCAUCCUGGGAAAAGGAGACCUGAUUGGGGCAGAUAUCCCCGAGCCUGGGUCAGGCACAGCUCCAAGCUGCGUGCUGAAGACUAGUGCUGAUGUGAAGGCACUCACCUACUGUGGCCUGCAGCAACUGAGCAGCCAAGGGCUGGCCGAGGUCCUGAGGCUCUAUCCUGAGUAUGGAGCUGCCUUCCGGGCUGGCCUGCCCCGGGACCUCACCUUCAACCUGCGCCACGGCUCUGAGACCAAUGGCCUCUGCCGCUUUUCCCGAUCCCCUCGCCUCUCCCAGCCCUGUUCGGAUAGCCUGGGCUCCUCCUCAGACAAGACCCAGCCAUCCAUCACAGAGGCCGAGGCUGGGGCCGAGCCUGGCGGUGGUCCCAGGCCCCGGCGGCCCAUCCUGCUGCCCAACCUCAGUCCAGCGCGGCCCCGGGGCUCCCUGGUCAGCCUCUUGGGGGAGGAGCUGCCCCCUUUCUCAGCCCUUGUCUCCUCUCCUUCCCUGUCCCCAGCCCCUUCCCCUGCCCUGGCUGGCCGGGGCCACAGCCCCUCCCCUCAUGGCCCCCCUAGGGGCUCUGCUGCCUGGAAGCCCCCCCAGCUUCUCAUUCCCCCACUGGGAACCUUUGGACCUCCGGACCUCAGUCCCCGGAUAGUGGAUGGCAUUGAGGACUCUGGCAGCACGGCAGAGGCCACUACGUUCCGGUUCAGCAGGAGGCCUGAGCACCCUAGAUCUCGCUCGCAGGCCCCUCCUACAGGGCCCAUGCCUAGCCAGGAAGCUGCCCCUGAGGCUGAGGAGGUGAAGGAAAAGGUCUGCAGACUGAACCAGGAGAUUUCCCGUCUCAACCGAGAAGUGUCUCAGCUUAGCCAGGAACUUCGACACAUGAUGGGCCUGCUGCAGGCCAGACUGGGUCCCCCGGGCCACCCAACAGUCUCGGCUUGGCCCCCACACCCACCUUGCCCACUUCAGAGGCCUCCGUGCAGUUCUCCUUAUAUGUCCGGACCACCACCUGGCCUCCACGAUACUACUCGGGCUGAGGUCCACUGCCCGGCCAGUGUGGGGACAGCAGAGAUGGGGGCUGCCCCCCCCAACCUGCAACCCUCUGUACGGUCCCCCUACCUCUCUGAGCCUGACCCUCUGGGACCCUUCCCAGUGCCAGAGGCCCCGCCUCCGAACUCAAGCCUCAUGAGGCACAACUUCCGGUCCAGGUCAGACACGAUCCACUGA